AUGUCGGAAUCGAUACAGCUGAGGAAAGUCACACCAGAUGGGAUGCUGCAGGAGGGUGGUUGUUCCAACUGCGAUGAAUAGUUAUAAGCUGACAAUUACAAUGGAAUCUAUAUACACGUUUGCUUACAUCAUGUGCUACAACAUGCUACAGUCACAUUCCUAAACAUCACUAAUGGGCUUGAUACAGGCCCAAAGUUUACUCUCGAAGACCUCGCAUGUGACACGCAGGGAGUUAAGAUCUGGAAAUUGGGAUGGUCAUUCCGUUUUGCUGGUGAAAUCGGGCAGCUAGCGUCGGCACCACUCCUGGACAAGCUCAGCUCUACGGGCUGA